GGCCGGCCAAUGGACGCGGGCUCGGCGCUGGCAGCCGUGCAUCCGUCGCAGGAGCACAGGUGGGACGACCCGGAGUGGGAUGCCAACGUGGUCACGGUUAUGAUCCGGCAGAUCCCGCGCCAUUUCACGCAGCAGCUUCUCCUGCACGAGGUGGUCGCGCACGGGUUCGAGGGUCUCUUCGACUUCCUCUACUUGCCGUGGGACCUGAAGAAGGGCGUCAACGUUGGGCGCGGCGGCGGAUCAACUUCCCCGACCCGCGGACGGCCCUGA